UGCUUGCGGCGGCUUCCGCGGGCGGGUGCGCGAGCGGACGGCUGACGGCUGGGGCGGCGGUGGCGGUGCGGCGACCAAUGAGGGCGUCCGGAGGGGGCGGGGCGUUGGCUGCGGUUUUGUUCCGCGGUGGCCGAGACGCACCGUCCCCAUGCGCGGAGCGCGGCCUGAGCGGCCGGCGCCUUGCCCCAGCUCCGGAGCCCGGUGCUCGCCCGCCGCGCGGAGAGUGCUCUGUGCCGACGCUCGCCUGCUCAUCUCUAAGAGGUCCAGCCACCGGAACGCCGCGUCCUUGCGCUGUGAGCCCGGAGUCUCCGCACGUCGGCCGGCGCCGCGCAGCCGCACGUCGAGAGCCGGGGGCAUCGCCGCUGCGCGCGGAACACCCUCUAGGGCCGGCCGGCGCUUCUGCUCCUUAAGGAAGCAGGAAGUUUGACGAGAUAUGAUGGUCCCUUAAGGGAAUCCCAAGAGCAGAUCCUCCCCAACGACUUGUGGAAGGUGACUUGGAAGUGUAUUCCGAAGCCACUUUUCUUCGUAGACUGAGGAGACAAAAAGCCCUGAAGAGUCUGGAAAUGGGUCAGCAUCUUUAAGUCAGAGCUAUAACCCUGAGUUUUGGCUCAGACCCAAUGGCUUGAGCCUACUGAUGUCCAGCGUUUGGAAAUCCAGUGCUCAUAGAUGUGGACUAAAGAAGAGCCCCGGCCAUGGUCACUCUCAUCACGGAGAAGCUGCAGAACCAGAGUUUGGAUGACCUUACCCGCAGGGCCUGUGAGGCUGGCCCGUAUUCUGCUGAGAAACUGAACAAAAGUGGCCAUUUGUUCCCUUUGGAGAUUGGCGUGGAUAAAAGUCCCUGGAAGGCCUUACAUGGAGGAUGGCCCACUGGAAGCCAGGCAGCCUCAGGCCCCUUCUCAGUGGGCCCACAUGGUGUGUCUCACACCGAAGGUCUCAAGUGGCAGCUGGAAUCCCCAGGGCCCAUGGAUGCGGGCCGCUUCCUUGACCUCCAUGAGAGCACAGGGCCUCCUACAGCACCACCAACCAAGCGGCACUGCCGGUCCCUGUCGGAACCAGAGGAGCUGGCUCGAUGCCGCUCCCCAUGGCGCCCUGGUAGCUCAAAGGUGUGGACUCCCAUCUCCAAAAGGAGGUGCAACAGUGGCGGGAGUGCCACACUGCAGUGCUGCAGUGGCCUGGGCAACCCUGCCCUGCAGGGCACUCUAGUCCCCGGCCUACCCAGGAGGCCUGUGUCACCUGCUGGCCCUACCUCACCGCUGACACCCCGGCCUGCUUCAGCCAGCAGUGGCUUUGUGGAUGGCAGUGAGGGCAGUACAAGCUCAGGCCCACCCUGGCUUUCUACAGGACCCUGCCCAUUUUCCUCCAGGCGCCGACUGUCCCUCUCACAAGAGCACCUUGUAGAUCCAGGCGCUUGCCUGCCUUCAGCCAGCAGCACCCCCACUUCCACACCUGAGUUAGGCCGGCACCAUGGUCUGCUCCGGUGCCGCUCACAGCCUUGUGUAUUGGAUGGGAGGAGGGUCCGGCGCAAGCGGAGACGGGAGGAGGAUGCCAGGUGGACGCGCCCAUCCUUGAACUUUCUGAAAAUGACACGGACUUUAAAAAACUCCAAGAGCCUUUGCUCCCUGGACUACGAAGAUGAUGAGGAUGACACCCAAACCUCCUGCCUGUCCACGUGGGGCUCAGGUGGAACAAGUCCUGCUGGUGUGGAUCCCAAUUAUAAUGUGGCUCUCACCAAGGCCUGA